UUAAUACCUGAGCAGCAGCAGCAGCAGCAGCAGCAAGAACAGCAGGACAGCAGCAAUGUCAAUCAUGACGACGAACAGGGCAGCACAGCAAAAACGCCACGGACAGCCAACCAAAGCCGACGCAGCCGCAAAGCACCCCACGAACUGCUAACAGAAGCCGAGAAGAAAGCCAACCACAUUGCAUCCGAGCAAAAGCGACGUCAAAAUAUCAGGCUCGGUUUCGACCAAUUGAUCGAAAUUGUUCCUUCGUUAAACCACGGCAAUCGGAGCGAGGCGCUCAUCUUGCAAAAAUCUAUUGAUCACAUACGCAGCUUAGUAUCUGUCAAGAACGAUCUCAAGAGCCAGGUGCGCGAUCUGGAAAUGUUGCUAGGU